UUGUAUACAACAUCAACAACAACAACGAGAUAAUUACGUCGUCGUUUUUUUUCUUCUUUUGAUAUUUCACUCUGCGUUUGUUUUUUGAUUAUUAUUUAUCUAAAAAUAUAACAACACAAGCAACGCAAGAAGCAAUCAUCUCAUUCAUUCAUUCAUUCAUAUAGGCCACAAUAAUUCUGAUUUUAGAAACGUAAAAAAAAAUAUUGCGGCUUUUAGUAGAUUUAUAUUCAAUGUAAUGAUUUGAAUGUAGAAAUUUUUAAAUUUUUUUCUCAGAAUCGAUAAUUUUAAAAAAAUUCAAAAUAAUCAAAAUGGCCGUUUUCUUAUCAAAUGUUUGUACAUUUAAUUCUUGUGGUAUAAAAUUUGCAUCAUUAACCGAAUUAAUCAGACAUAUUGAAGAUCAUCAUUUAGAUGUCGAUGCAAUUGAUAAUACACCACAAAAAAAUCCAUCAAACACUAAUUGUAUGCCGGUUAGCUGUGUUUUAAGAAUUUUUUCCAAUGAUGGUAAUGAUUUAAAUAAUGGUGGUGGUAUGAUUGAUUCGAAUUCAUUGAAUGAUUCUCAUAAUAAUCAAAAUAAUAAUUAUCAUAAUGGUCAUCAUGGACAUCAUCAUCAUGUAAGAAAAUCAAUCAAUUCACCGGCUGCAUCAUUAAGUACAACACCUACAGAAGGUAGUGAACUUGAUGAUGAUGCUGGAUUCGAAAGUGAUUCGGGCCAAAGUUCAAUCGAUUCAUGGGCAAAUGUUGAUACAACAAACACCAAUGCAUUGACUAAAUUUCAUCAAAUUAUGGGCUCAAAUGUAUCAUCAUCGCCAACAAUCGAACAAACGACAAAUGUCAACGGUUUGCAGAAUGUAUGUACAACAAUGAAUGGCAAUGGACAAAUGAUUACAAAUUCAUCGAAAAUGAUGAUAAAUAAUGGUGGUGGAAAAAAUAUCGAUGAAAAGCGGCUUUAUCAUUGUACAUGGCAAGGUUGUAAUAAACAAUAUCGUACCUCGAAUAGUUUAAGUCAUCAUAAACGAACAGCACAUAUUAAUAAGGAUAAUAAGAUGACAAUGGCUGGCAACAACAACAACGGUUGUGGUAAUCAAAAUAAUAAUGGCCAAUCAAAUGGUCAUCCGAUGACACCGAAAACACUGGCCAUAAAACCAAUGCUUGAUGAAAAUAAUAGGAAAAUCUAUCGUUGUAUUUGUGGAAAAAUUUAUAAAACUAGUCAUGGACUUAAAAGUCAUCAGAAUACACAUCAUUCUGGCGGUGUUCAGCAUCAAUAUGCACAGAACAAUCAUUAUCAACAACAACAACAACAUGAUAAUGAAAUGAUGACAUCAAUCAUACAUCAAAAAUCGGAGACAUUUAAUGAUAUGAAUUCUACUACUUCAUCAUCAUCAUCAUCAUCGAAUUCAAAUUAUAUUCAUGUUUCAGCAUCAUCGAUGACAAAUACUAAUGGUAAUAAUAAUUUACAAUUAUCAUCAAUAAAAGCCGAAUUAUUAUCACCAACAACAAUGACCAGUAAUAAUAAUCUGCCAUUAUCACGACAAUCAAAUAAUAGAAUGAUCAAUAUUGGACAUACAUCAUCAUCAUCAUCAUUACAAACAAAUCAUAAUACAACAACUGUACAUUUUAAUCAAAAUGAUUUAAUACCGGAUCAAAGUUGUCCACCUGUAUCGGUUAAUGUUGAAGUAACAAGUUGUGAACCAAAACAGAUGAAUUUUUUGGCAAAAAAUUCAAGUCCACCAAUAAUAUCGGCACCAACAUUACAACAACAUUUACUUAGUCCAGUUAUACCUAAAUAAUUGUGUAUAAAUCAAUCAUCAAUCAAUCAAUCCUAAAUUUAUUAGGAAUAAUUUGUUCAAAAAAACAAUGUCUAUUGUGUGUAUUUUUAGUUUAUAUGUGU